AUGUACGGCGUCCCCGACCUGCCGGCGACGUCUCUGGCGGCGGCGGCCGUCGGCGCCGCCAGCUUGUCCAGUUCUGCCGCCGUGGCGGCAACCACGCCCUGGCCUCCGCCGACACCACGUCCGCACCACGCCGAAGCCGCCGCGCCGGGACACCGCGCACCAACGCUACUUGACACCCGCGAGAUGCCGGUAAUGGUAGCGGCCGACGGCGCCGGCGGCGCCGCCGGCGGCGGCAGCCAGCGGCAGCUUUUACAAAUGCUCCACACCGCCUGUUGGCCCAGUGCUAGGUGGCUUGACGCUCUGGCAGCCGCCGCCACCGCGCAGCUACACAUGGCUGGUUUCGGAGCGCAGAGCCUGGGCAUCGUGCUGUGGUCGCUUGCGGGGCUGGGCUACAGCCCGCGGCCAGGAUGGCUACAGCCAUGGCUGCAGCGCACUGAACAGCUUGUUUGGGAUUUCCGGCCAGCCAACCUCGCAAGUGUGCUGUGUGCGCUUAGUGCGUGGGGGGAGGUGCCCGCUGGCGGCGCGGCGGGGGCGCUGCGCGCCGCCGCAGUUCGGCUACUGCCGUCCAUGGGACCACGGGAGCUACAGCUGACAGCAUCGGCGCUAGCGCAGCUGUGUGAGGUUCCGCCGCCGCCGUCGCCGCCGCCGCCGCCGGAGGCUGAGGCGGCGGGUCGGGAGAAGCAGCCCGGGGCCGGCGGCCAAGGAUGGAUUAGGCGGAGUGACGGCGGAAGGAGGACGGAGGGCGGUCAGUACGGCUCCCGGCAGAUGCGAGGGCACAGCGCCACCGGCCGCAGUAGCAGUAGCGGCAGUAGCGGCGGUUACGUAGGGCUGUUCGUGCCGCUGCAGGUAGAGGGGGCAUCAACACCGUCACCAGCACCGUCGACCUCACAUCAGCGGCGGCACCGCCGCGUAGAGGCACGUGUUGAGAAGCUGCUCGUCCAGCGUGCCGUGCAAGUGUCGUACAGCUACAAUCCGCGUCACAUGGCCCGCAUGCUUCGGCUCCUGGCGCUGCGCCUAGGCUGUCUACGGGGGCUGUCGGAGCUGCGGGCGUUACUUGACGGCCAUGCCGUGCAUCUCGAAGGCGUCGUAACGGCGGCGGAGCGACGGCGCCGCCGCCGCCGUCACCGCGGGAGCCAGCUGGGGAAUGCGGUGGACGUAGCAGCGUUAACGUCGGAUGGGGAAGAGUACGGAAGGGGGCUCCCUGGAAUUGGCGGGACAGAUGGCUUUGCCGUACGGCCCCGGCGGCGUGAAUUGCACGAACUCGGUCUGGCGGCGCUGGAUGCUGUCCGGGCGGCAACGCCAGCCGGUAGUACGGCAAUGAGUGACGAGGCGGCGGCGGCGCUGCUGCCGGUUAGGUGGUGGCGGGCGUACCUGGCAGCCUUAAAGAUUUCCAACUGA